CAAAUAAAUUCUAUUUUUUUACCACAAGUAAAAAUGUUUAUUUUAUUUUUUAAUUAUGCUAAUUUAUUUAUAUUCAUAUUUCAGAGAGCAUACAACGAGAAGGGGGGUGUUCACCGCUUCGUUCGUCAGGUGAUGGCCCUUCCCUUCCUUCCUCCUGAACACAUUGAGCCCAUGUUCCACCAACUGGACCAACGCAUUCGCACCGACAUCAUGGACUCCUUCAUGGCGUAUGUUUGGAGACAGUGGUUCAGGAACGUGACAUUCCCCGUGAAGAACUGGAGUGUGUUCAUGUCUUCAGUGCGGACGAACAACGACCUCGAGGGCUGGCACAACCGCCUGAACUCCAGGAUGAACAGUCGUGGUCCAGUCCCAUUCUACCUCCUACUACAAGAACUCUACAAGGAAGCAUCUGCCAUUCCAAUGCAGGCCAGGCUCCUGACAGAGGGGAAGAUGGAAAGACUUCACCGUAAACGUGCAACCCAGUUGAAUGGUAGACUGUUCACCUUGUGGGAGGAAUACAACGAGAAGGAAAUCAGCACCACCCAGUUAUUGCGGAGGUGUUCCGAGUUGUACGGACCAGUGGACCAUUAAAAUGUGGAGUGUUGUGUUGAUUGACUGACUGUGGAAAUCAUCAGAAAAUGUGUUGUGUUGUGUUGUGGUGAUUGACUGACUGGGGAAACCUUUGUUGUUAAUUGUUUAAUUCAUAUUUUUAUGUUAUCAACAUGUGUUGUAUUCAUGUGGUAAAUUAUAAAA